UCGAAGAUUUAUGUAUCUUCCCUUUUCUAAAAUAAAUGAGCACUUUCAUUCUUUUAGUACUUAUAAAUUCAUGAGGACAACUUGUUCCUCUGUUCUCCUGCCAAGAAAAGAUCUACUGAGAAUGAUUUGAUAGGCUUCACUCAUGACCUGCUUUACAGCUUCCAGGAAGAAUGCAGGAUGCCUCCUUGUCUUAUCUGCCCUGAGCAAUCCUCUUAGUCCAUAGAACUCAUCCAUCAUAGAUAAACUGAAGAAGGCUUUGACUGAGGAAAUCGAAGUGAACAUUGGAAUUAACAAAACAGCCACAGUCUCUGAACUGUUGUCCUUAACCCAAAUAUCUCUCUGUGUGAGGUACCGUGUUUACCCACAUUCCAAAGAUUUCUUGUGUAUCUUUCAUAAAAUGUUGGUCUUCUCAAGAGUUAUGUAUCUUCUUCUUUUUUCUGAAUGUUUAUUUAUAAUAUCAGCAUUUACCAGGAGAUAUUCAUUAUGUGGAACGUAUAGUCCUCAUGGAUUUUGUACCAAAGAGUAUUUACCAGUCUGUGGGACUGAUGGCUAUACUUAUGGCAACAGAUGCAUGUUCUGUAUUGCAAACAGACGAAGCCAUGGUUCCAUUAAAUUUAAACAUGAUGGUGAAUGUUGAGUUUUUGAUGGAGCUACAUCUUCCUAUGAAUCUUAUUAUGAUCACAGUUUUGCACUGAAGUCUACAGUGGGCUGGAGGUUUUGUCAUCAGGUUCUCACAGUCCUAGAAGAUUGGGUGAAUCUGUGUGUGGGAUACAAGAUGGAAGGCUGGGCUGUCACUGCUCUUUUCACCUCUGGGAUCCUGGGAUUUCAGUGUUUUACCCUCUAUGGUCAAGUACUUAAUUGACACCUAAGAAUCCAAAAUGUUAGUAUCUACAUUCUGUAAACUGACCAUUUAAAACAAUCAAUACCUCUGUUGUAUUUCUUAAUAAAAUCUUAAAGUACA